AAUAACAAUUUCAAACACGUGCAGCAAAAUGUACGCUCAGUCGGAUUGUAAUUAUUAUGUGGUAUACAAUACUAUUUUUAUGCACAUACGACGCAAUAAAAGUUAAGAAAUUUAAUAUUAUUAUGUUGUUUAUUAAUAUACGGCAAAAUAAUUGCUUAAAUCGAAAGCGCUAUUUUUAUAUGAAACUUUUGUGGUACAUCAACAAAUUUGGUAUACUCAACAGAAUAACGCAAGUUCAAUCUACUCAUCUGUCCUUUACAACAAAAAAACGCAAAAAUAUGUCAAGAACCAAAAGAGCUAGGACCGCAAGAGUGACAAGGAUGGAUAGAUCUUCAAAAAUUAUUAAAGAUGGCAUUUUUACAAAUUUUUUGUCAUUUUGCGUUGUACGACCGUAUAACUGCGGAGUGACGAUAUAUAUGGCUACUUCUCAGGUGUCAAAAAGUACGGGUACUUCUAGAAGGGCUAGAAGGGACAUGGGACAAAAGGCGUUAGAUAAGGUUUUGCCUCUAGGGCCCCAGAAAAGCAUUAAUUGCACCCACUCUUCCCUUCACUUAGGGUAUAUGGCAAUGGAAUAUGGCAAGCUUAUGAUAAAUCUUUAUUAAUAAAUUUUGCUACAAUGCCACCAAUAUCUCCAUCAUGCAGAACUGAUUUUGAAAAAGUACACCUCGGUAUCAAAAAUUUUGAGUUGUGGGCUUUAAAGAUACUAGAUUCAUCUGCUUUCUUAUCUUCUGGAAUUUUAAAUGGAAAUUUGAAUCAAUAUGGAGAUUUUGAUCAAUGUUUAGAAAACGGUAACGAGGAAAAUAGUAUGAGAACUCAGUAUUGUUUAGCACAUCUGCAGCUAAAUUCUAAAUAUCAAAAAUCGGAAGAGCUGGAUAACGUAUUAAAUCUCGUAAAAUCAUAUGAGGCAUUUAAAAGUGAUUUCGAUGACGUGGGUCAUAGAAUACCAAGAUUUUCUCUGAUUAAUUGGGGUAUUUGCGUACCAGCAAGUUGUUCACCUGAGGAUAUCAAAUAUUCUUUAUCUACCUAUUUGAAAAAUUUUACAAAGUCAAUGAAUUUUGAUUUUGAUGUUAGAAUUCAGAAAUCAAUGUGCCACAACAACGAUCCUGCAGAUUGGAAUUUUUCGUUUGUAUUUGUGACUUCCUUCUUCACAUUCAUGAUUUUCGUUGCAACAAUGUCAACAUUCUAUGAUUUGACUAGAGGAAUCAACAAAAGUAAGUUAUAG